AAUUCAUAUUAGAAUACUGAAUAAUGUCUUCCUUAACGUCAGAGUCAAGAGUCUCAUACUGGACAUUAGGACUAAAAAAAAAGGCUUUUCUUUCCUCCAGGCUCUUGUGAGGGGGUCGUGAUGUGGUGCUCACUGGUUCUUAUUGGUUGAAGUGAUUGCUGCCAUGGUUGGAAAUUAACAUAAAAGAGGCAAGUGGCGAAGGGAUCCACUUGGGGGCAAGCUGGUGAUGCGUCAUAGCUCUUGGUGAAAAGGAGAGACAAAAAAAGGGGACUAAAAUAGCGCCAAAGCUCCGGGUUAAUGUGCACCAAUGGCCACGAAGUCACUUGUGGUUUCAGAGCUGCGCGCAAAAGUGCCACAGGUGAUAGGAGGUAUGGACACAGAGAUGAGAAGGCUUGAGCGUCCGAGGUGUUGCAAAUAAGUAACAAAAAAAAUCGCUCCAAACUAACUUUGCCAUGUAAUACCAGCGGCCGAAAGCUCUGCACGGUGCAGAAACCCUACGAUUUCACCACGUCACUUCUCGGGAGAUCAUGAAACAACAUCGGAUGUGGCUGAGGAGAGGACAAGUUGAGGAAGCUGAGGAAAGCCAUCUUCACCGAUGAAGCAGCCAAGUUCCUCUUCGCCUCUCCCUUUACGCACAGGCGAGGUGAGGACGGGGAGCAUCACAUCAAUGUAGAGAAAACACCAAUGAGCCAUCCCGGGUGUUGAAAAAUCGACAACAGACGAGUGAAGCACAACUACAUUUUUUAAAAAAUUAAAAGUUAUUUUAAACAACAAAAAAAAGCACACCAUGGAUGGAGGAGGAGGAUCAUCCGGGCUGGCCAAAUCAGCCGCCGUGAAACUGUCCGAGAUGGGCGAAAGAACGAAACAGUUAGGCACCGCGAUGAAGGAUCCCCACCAGCAAAGACGGAUCAUAUUAGUGAUUGUUUGCGUGGCUCUCUUGCUGGACAAUAUGCUCUACAUGGUAAUCGUGCCAAUUAUUCCAGACUAUCUCGCUGAGCUGGAGAGUGAGCAGUCAGAGCACGUCCACGUAGUGAUGCACCCUAACACUUCAGCCAACAGCACAAGCCAAGACAAAAGCAUCAAGGACAAUUUAGAUAUCCAGAUAGGAGUACUUUUUGCAUCUAAAGCCAUCCUGCAGCUGUUAGUUAACCCGCUGUCGGGAACUUUCAUAGACCGGGUUGGAUAUGACAUUCCACUUUUAAUUGGACUGACUGUUAUGUUCGUGUCCACCUGCAUAUUUGCAUUUGGUGAGAACUACGCGACGCUCUUUGUGGCCAGAAGUUUGCAGGGUCUGGGGUCUGCUUUCGCGGACACCUCCGGAAUCGCGAUGAUAGCUGACAAAUACACGGAGGAGUCGGAAAGAAGCAAGGCGCUGGGCAUCGCUCUGGCGUUCAUCUCUUUCGGGAGUCUGGUGGCGCCUCCUUUCGGGGGUGUCCUGUACGAGUUCGUGGGCAAGCGAGUGCCCUUCAUUGUGCUCGCCUGCAUUUGCCUGGCGGACGGCUUUCUGCUGCUGACAGUGAUCAAGCCGUUCUCCAACAGGACUAGAGAGAACAUGCCAGUCGGCACUCCCAUAUACAGACUCAUGAUUGAUCCGUACAUAGCUGUGGUGGCCGGGGCGCUGACGGUGUGCAACAUCCCGCUGGCCUUUCUAGAGCCCACCAUAGCCAACUGGAUGGAGACCACCAUGCACUCCUCUCAGUGGGAGAUGGGGCUCACCUGGCUCCCAGCCUUCUUCCCUCACGUCUUCGGUGUGUACAUAACAGUUAAACUGGCAGCGAAGAAUCCAAAUUUGCAGUGGUUCUACGGAGCUUUAGGUAUGGUUAUCAUAGGAGCGAGCUCCUGCACAGUCCCUGCAUGCAAAACUUUUGGGCAGCUCAUCGCCCCGCUGUGCGGUAUUUGUUUUGGCAUCGCACUGGUAGACACCGCCCUGCUGCCGACACUUGCGUUUUUAGUCGAUGUGCGUCAUGUUUCGGUGUAUGGUAGUGUUUAUGCUAUAGCGGAUAUUUCAUAUUCUGUCGCAUAUGCUAUGGGUCCUAUAGUGGCGGGUCAGAUAGUGCACAGCCUCGGGUUUGUACAGCUUAAUCUCGGUAUGGGCCUCGUCAAUGUGCUUUACGCGCCAGCCCUGCUUCUGCUGCGCAACGUGUGCCAAAUGAAACCGUCCUACUCAGAGAGAGAUAACCUGUUAGAGGAGGCUCCGCAGGGGUUGUACGAUACUAUCAAGAUGGAGGAGAGGAGGGCUAAAAAGAAGGGCUACAGUUCGGCGGGGAACUGCUUGUCAGUAGAUGAGAAUGGAUUUGACCCCUUCAGAGCACAGCGGUCCUUGUCAGAAGAGUCGUCCGGUCAGGAGUACACUUAGACCGGCUACAAUCUGACCUUCCCCCGCCCCCAAACAUUCCCCUGGAGAGAGGCAGGAAGGUUAUAGUCUAGCAAUUUAAACUUUUAUGUAAGUACCGAUGUGCAAUAUAAACAGCCAGUCACCAGAAUCAUGACUGCGUGACUCGAUUUCCAAAGUUUCUGUUCUUUUUUCUUUCUUUCUUUCUGUUUUCUUUCUUUUCGACUGUACUUUCAUUGUGUCGAAUUCAAGUCUGCGUAGCGUUUGUCAUGGAGUUUUGUGAAAGAUCUAUCAGCUACUGUUGAAUCUGUGUGUAUCAACGAGUAUUGUAAAAAGAUAUAAAUAGAUUAAUGUGCGUACAAGAUUAUAUGGGACCAAAUAUAAGCAGCACACUCCACCCGUCCCACCUUACAUAAAAUAACCUAUAUUUUUAGUCUCUGAGGAAACUUUUUUACUUGCACAUCAAGGGCCCGAUUUUCUUUUUCUUUUUUGUGGUUCUUAAAAACAAUCGUGAAUUUCAAUUUGUAACCCGCGGGCCUGUUCGUUAUUUAUUUUUAUUUCAAACUUUUUUUUGUUGUUGUUGUUGUUGAAAUUAAAUGUAUCAUAAUAAAUGGAUUUUGUACAUAUGUGGAUAUAUGCACAAUGUAAAUUGUUAAAACAUAUGUGGACCUCUACAAAAUGUGUGUAUGUGUGUGUUUGCGUGCGCGUUUGUAUGAAACAUUUUGUCAAAACGUGUAGGUA